UAAAGAACGGCUGCUGCCAACGGUUUCAGGUAGUUUCUCUACGUGUGCGCCAACAUGACAUCACCUUCUGUUUGCCACUGGACAUUUACUCUCUUUCCACUUCGGUAUGCCAUAGCAGCGAUGGGUAUACUGGCAAUCCUCUCCCAGUAUAUACUGAAGGUGACUCUGUCGGUGGCUAUUGGUGGAAUGGUCAAGCAAGUAGCUCAGGAAACCUCGGCGGAUGAAACAUGUCCCCUGCCAGACACUGCAAGUAUUAACUCGACAGACAGUGAGGGAGGACAAUUUGAAUGGGAUGAGGACAUGCAAGGUUACAUACUGUCCUCCUACUACUACGGGUACGCGGCUGUGAACAUAAUCGCAGGUUACCUGGCUGCCCGGUACAGCGCCCGCUGGGUUUUCGUCACAGGGCUGCUCGCUGCCGGCGUUUUCACGGUCGUGGGUCCUAUCUGUGCCGAUGCUGGCCCCGUGGUCUUCAUGAUAACUCGCUUACUCGUAGGCACAUUCUCAGGUGUUAUCAUACCAGCAAUGCACGUGUUACUUGGCAAAUGGUUCCCUGAAAACGAGCGACAAAGACUGGGAGGACCAAUUUUCUCAGCGGCAUACUUGGGCACCGUAGUAUCAAUGGCUUUGUCUGGAACCAUUGUGAAGAACCUGGGCUGGUACUCUGUGUUCUACAUUUUCGGCGGCAUCGCAAUAGCUCUAGUGAUUCCAUGUUUGUACUUUAUCUACGAUGAGCCUGAGUCGCACCCUAGGAUCACAGAGAAAGAAAAGGACUUUCUUUUGACUCACACUGGUAGAGAUCUGACAGAAAGCAAAGAGAAGAAGGAGCUUGAAAAGGAGGAUGAACUCAUUCGAAACCCGUGGCCUCUCAUCCUGACGUGCCCUGCUAUGUGGGCGCACAAUAUAAUUUCAAUUGGAGGGGCGUGGGUCAACUACACACUGCUGACUGAGUUGCCAACCUACAUGGAAAAUAUACUUCACUACGACAUAGACGAGGCUGGUCUCAUCUCAGCAUUGCCUUAUCUAUUUGGUUGGAUGAGCUGCAGUAUUUACAGCUUCCUGACAGAGAAAUUAACACAGAGAGGCAUACAUAUUAUGACUAUCUUCAGAAUAUGGGACGCAGUAUCUUGCAUCGGGCCUGCGAUCUGCUUCCUGGCGCUGACCUUCAUCAACUGCGACAUACCGGCCAUCAUCACGCUGUUCGUCUUCACCAUGGUGUUCCGCUGCGCCAUAUAUGGCGGCUCCUACCUCAACCACAUCUAUCUGUUCCCACGGGCCUACGGAAGUGCGGCUGGUCUUAACCUGACUCUGGGGAACUGCUCUGGGAUCGUCACUCCAAUAGUCACAAGCGCGUUUGUAUCAGGCCGGCAAACAAUACAGCAGUGGAAAUACGUUUUCUACGUGGCGAUGACAUUGUCAGUUAUACCGUAUUUCGUGUUCCUCAUUCUUGGUUCUGUUGACGACCAGGAAAUUAAAUGGGAAGAGCGCAGAGAGAAGAAGAGAAAACAGAAACUGGGCCAAUAAGUAUGAUUCUGAAUUGUGCUGACGCUGUGUGGUACAUACGAUGCAGCAAAACGCAGCCGAAGCCAAUAAGAAACUGGUCGUACUUCUGCCGAGAUGCAUGUAUUGGGAGGAAUUAAAUCACGUCACAAGGACGCAGUCAGCGCUGGGUGACUGAAUACGAUAGCAGCGACGUGAACAGAUCAAGAAGAAUGUAUUAAGAAGCGAGAGAAGAGAAUGUGUGCUACUAACACACUAAUACUUCUGACAUGUUUAUUACUAGUAGAAUAAAUGUUCCCGAAUUUCCGUUAAAAAUCUAAUAUUAUGUUGUUUUGAUAUAUUUGUAAGAAAAGCUAUGAGAAUCUCUUCUGCAUUGCGAAUAUCGUAGCUGAGCCUACCUUUUUAAAAUUCGAGAAAGAUUGUUUCUUUCUUGACUGGGACGCAGUAGUGUAACAACUCAUAAAUGAGAAUACAGCAUGAAAAUUCUGUUAUAAUUGAAAAUAUGAAUUGAAGUCUUUCACUAUCUAUAAUGAAACCGCCUAUUGCCAUAUGAUAAUGUACAAACUGGGUUACCCUUGUGUUUAUUGUUAUGAGUGUGCAAUUACCUUAAUGAGCAGUAAUUAUUUAAUUUUUUUUAAUGAAGUCUAUGAUUUCGUUACUUCUCUCUUUUCUUUGAUGUUCGGUAUUGUGAUAUAUCUUUUUAAAAAGCUUUGUGCUGCAUUACUUGUGAAAACAGAAUCUUGCAGGAUUUGAGGUCUAUGGCCUGCUUUUCACAAAAACAAUUGUUUAACUCAGUCACAUGUAAUGAAACCACAGUAUGAAUAUUUAAUGGAGUCUAUAAAUGUAUAAAUGCAUGUCAUCUAUCUGACUAUUAAAUGAAAUCAGUGACUUUCAAUGCUUCAGUAUAUAAGUUUUUAGUUCAGAGUGAUUGCCAACAGAUUCAUGAAAAUCUCAUUUUUGAUUGUCUUCCUACUAGAACAUAUAGCUGCAUCCCUCCAAGGUUUCUCCUUUUUGUUUUCUUGAAUGACACUGAAACAAUGGCAGCAGGUUUAAGGUGGGCAUAGGAAUUACCUAUACGCCCUAGCAUAGCCUAUUUCUUCUGCAAAUAAUAAUUUCAUUAUGACUUACGAGACUAGACAUUUUUGGCAUGAUUAGUAAAUAAUUAAGAGUGUGUGUUAGUUAGAAAAUAUUUUUAAAUGCUCAGUAACAUUCACAUAAUUCCUUCAGUUUGUUAUCUCUUAUGAUAGUCUUAAAUGUAACAAAUUGCCAAAUUUAGUGUUGUACAUUAUACUGUGCUAAUAUUUAAUUCAAAUAUGAAUAUUAAUUAACAUUUUCUUAGUGUGUUAUUCAUUUGAGAUGUUGUCAUUUCAAUAAAUGUACAUAGUAAAAACUGUAGUUGUUAUCACAGAUCAACUGACUUACAAAGAAUGAUAUUUAUUUUUUAUUUUUAAAAAUAAUGAACUGUUUAUAUGAAUAAAAAUAAUCGUAAGUUAUCAAUUUGGAGUUUUCUGUGCAUCUUAGACUUGAAUAAUUGAUUAUUCUAACGCUCUCCUUGGAUAAACUAUAUAUAAUAUUGCAUAUAAAGGAACUGUUCAAAGUGUCGCUUUCAUUGUAACAAUAACACUGAAUCUUGUAAACAGCAAAAACGUCUAGAAAGCAUAAAUACAACUGCCGUAGUAUGA